UUGGCCGCUGUCCGUUCCGGCCGCGCACACCGCCUCUGGCUGUUGCCGUAGCCACUGGUGGCCUAGCGAAGCCCCCUGCCCCUUCGCCUUUUAUCCCCCUACUUUCCCAGUUUAUUCUUUGCUUAUUGUAGGGUCACUCCGUUGGCCCCGUUGGUCGGGCUUGGAGGACACCGGGUCCGUGGCCACAGGCUGUCCUCCGGGCGCCCGGCGGAAGGCUGCGUCCUCGGCUGCCGCGGCCGCCGUGGUCUCCAUGGUAACGGCCCCGCCAGCCUCUCCGCCGCUUGAGGAAGAUGCCGCCCGCCGGGCCUGCCGCCUCGCCCCACGCCUCACGGCCGGGCUGGGGCCACUGAGGGGGAAGGUCCCGGCCGCCGCACUGCCGGGCAGCGGGCCCCAGUGAAAUCCCAUUCCCUGGCUGGAGACACACAUGGCCUCAAAUGAGAGAGAUGCUAUAUCGUGGUACCAAAAGAAGAUUGGAGCAUAUGAUCAGCAGAUAUGGGAAAAAUCAAUCGAACAGACUCAGAUUAAGGGCUUCAAAAACAAACCAAAAAAGAUGGGUCACAUAAAGCCAGACUUGAUUGACGUUGACCUAAUCAGAGGCUCAACAUUUGCCAAAGCCAAACCUGAAAUUCCGUGGACAUCUCUGACGCGGAAGGGGCUUGUUCGAGUUGUGUUUUUCCCAUUGUUCAGCAGUUGGUGGAUUCAGGUGACCUCUGUAAGAAUCUUUGUUUGGCUGCUACUGCUUUACCUCAUGCAAGUCAUAGCGCUCGUGCUGUAUUUCAUGAUGCCCAUUGUGAAUGUGAGCGAAGUGCUUGGACCCCUGUGCCUUAUGCUGCUGAUGGGAACCGUCCACUGUCAGAUCGUGUCUGCUCAGAUUGCGCGGCCGUCGGGCGGCAACGGGAGCCGCAGGAGACGAAAAUUACGUAAAACUGUGAAUGGUGACGGGAGCCGAGAAAAUGGAAAUAACUCCGCUGAUAAAGCCAAAGGCGUAGGAGCAGUGGGGCCUGCGCGCUUCCUUAGCAGUUUCUGGGGGACUCUCUUCGGCAACAGGGUUAAAAGAGUAAAAAUAUGUAACAAAGGGACUGAAAUCGACAAUGACACAAGUUCCCUGCGUCCUAUCAUUAAGAAGAGACAGUGUCGACCAGACAUUAAAAUGUGCCAAACGACGGAGAAAGCAAAGUUUUCAGAUGGAGAAAAGUGCCGUAGGGAGGCUUUCAGGCGGGUGGGGAACGGGAUGUCAGAGGAUCUGUCGAGCGAGGAAGAUGGCGAAGCCCGGACACAGAUGAUGAUACUGCGUCGGAGCGUGGAGGGGGCCUCCAGUGACAAUGGCUGUGAGGUCAAGAAUAGAAAAUCAGUACUUCCAAGGCACAUCAACUCUCAGGUAACGAAAACUGCUCCCAAGUGGUGUCACGCUAUGCGGGACUCAGAUAGUCUGGCCGAGUCAGAAUUUGAAUCAGCAGCCUUCAGUCAGGGUUCCAGAUCUGGUGGCUCUCGAAGCCUCAAUGUGUCGAGAAGAGACUCAGAAAGCACCCGCCAUGACUCGGAGACGGAGGAUAUGUUGUGGGAUGACCUGCUGCAUGGCCCAGAGUGCAGGUCGUCUGUCACCAGCGACAGUGAGGGGGACCAUGUGAGCACCCUUCCCUCAGGGACCAAACGUGACCCCAAAGAGGAUGUUUUCCAGCAGAACCACUUAUUCUGGCUUCAGAACUCAAGCCCUGCCUCUGAUCGAGUUAGUGCAAUAAUCUGGGAAGGAAACGAGUGCAAAAAGAUGGAUAUGUCUGUGUUAGAAAUAAGUGGUAUCAUCAUGAGCAGGGUUAAUGCAUAUCAGCAAGGAGUAGGUUAUCAGAUGCUGGGAAAUGUCGUCACCAUCGGGUUAGCAUUUUUUCCUUUUUUACAUCGACUUUUCCGUGAGAAGAGCCUUGACCAGCUGAAGUCCAUUUCAACCGAGGAGGUCUUGACUCUCUUUUGUGGGGCACCACCGGUUACUCCUAUUAUUAUUUUGUCUGUAAUUAAUUUUUUCGAACGAUUGUGUCUUACGUGGAUGUUUUUUUUCAUGAUGUGUGUGGCAGAGAGAACGUAUAAACAGAGAUUUUUAUUUGCAAAACUCUUCAGCCAUAUUACUUCUGCCAGAAAAGCUAGAAAAUAUGAAAUACCUCAUUUCAGACUUAAAAAAGUAGAGAACAUCAAGAUAUGGUUAUCACUGCGUUCCUUUCUAAAGAGACGGGGGCCACAGCGCUCCGUUGACGUGGUGGUUUCCUCAGUCUUCUUGCUGACACUUUCCAUUGCUUUCAUCUGUUGUGCCCAGGUUCUCCAAGGACAUAAAACUUUCCUGAAUGAUGCUUAUAAUUGGGAGCUUUUGAUCUGGGAAACAGCUUUACUCCUUUUCUUACUACGCCUGGUCUCACUGGGGUCUGAAACCAAUAAGAAAUACAGCAAUGUUUCCAUAUUACUUACUGAACAGAUUAAUUUAUAUCUUAAGAUGGAAAAAAAGCCAAAUAAGAAAGAACAGCUUACUCUAGUAAACAAUGUACUAAAACUGUCCACCAAAUUGUUAAAAGAGCUGGACACACCAUUUCGACUCUAUGGGCUGACAAUGAAUCCAUUAAUCUACAACAUCACACGAGUAGUCAUCCUUUCUGCUGUCUCAGGUGUUAUAAGUGAUCUUCUAGGAUUUAAUAUCCGACUAUGGAAAAUUAAAUCCUGAGUGGAGGCACGCGCCCCGACUCCCUCCCCUGCCGCGUCAGUACGUGCCGUCGCGGAAGGAGCCGGCUGCCUGGAGAACCGGGACGCCAGCUGCUCGUUCGUUCGCGGAGGGGCCUGCUCUCUGCCUGAUCUCACAGUGGUGUUUUCAGACGAACCGACCCUUUUCCAGCUGCGCGUGCACGCGACAAGCCUGUUUUUCCUGGUUUCCAACAAUGUGAAUAGUCAGGAGACUAGAGACUAAGUUAUGGUAACACAAGGACAACUUUCUAGUUCAGGAAAUUUUUUCUGGACAUUUCAAUGCUGCGACAGUUACACUUAUUGAAAAUGGUCUUUUGGGUACGAUGGAAGAAGCCCAAAGCAUGAGGCAAAUAUGCUUUAUUGGAAAUAUGCAAAUUGAGUACUUUUCUAUUACAGUGUAUAGAAUUGGCAAUUUCAUCUCUCAAGCAGAGAGAUCAAUUUUAAGUUGAACUCAAAUAAAAGAACUUUA